AUGGGUUUCACCGACGUCGACCAGCUGACCGUGAACACGAUCCGUGUACUGGCUGCUGAUGCUACCGCUCGCGCCAACUCCGGCCACCCCGGUGCCCCGAUGGGCAUGGCGCCGGUCGCCCAGGUUCUCUGGAACAACAUUAUGCGCUUCAACCCCAAGAACCCCCACUGGGUGAACCGUGAUCGUUUCGUCCUCUCGAACGGCCACGGCUGCAUGCUCCAGUAUGCUCUGCUGCACCUGUAUGGCUUCGGCCUGACCAUUGAUGACCUGAAGGCUUUCCGCUCAGUCGACAGCAUCACCCCCGGCCAUCCCGAGUCCCAUGACACCCCCGGUAUUGAGGUCACCACCGGUCCUCUCGGCCAGGGUAUCUGCAACGCCGUCGGCCUGGCCAUUGCCCAGGCUCACACUGCCGCCACUUUCAACCGUGACGGUUUCGACCUGUUCAACAACUACACCUACUGCUUCCUGGGUGAUGGCUGCUUGAUGGAGGGUGUUUCCAGCGAGGCCUCGUCUCUCGCCGGUCACCUGCAGCUCGGCAACCUGAUUGCCGUCUACGACGACAACCACAUCUCCAUUGAUGGUGAUACCAACUGCGCCUUCACUGAAGACGUCGUGAAGCGGUACGAGGCCUACGGCUGGCACGUCAUCGUCGUCGCUGACGGCGACCACAACCUUGAGGGCAUCUACUCCGCCAUCAAGGAGGCCCAGUCCGUCAAGGACAAGCCCACCCUGAUCAAGCUCCGCACCAUCAUUGGUUUCGGCUCCCUGCAGCAGGGCACCCACGGUGUCCACGGCUCGCCCCUCAAGGCCGACGACAUCAAGCAGCUCAAGGAGAAGUUCGGCUUCAACCCCGACGAGAGCUUCGCUGUCCCCCAGGCCGUCUACGACCUGACCGCCAAGAAGGUCGCCGAGGGCGCCGCCGCGGAGAACGAGUGGAACGCUCUGUUCGCCAAGUACGCCGAGAAGUACCCCGCCGAGCACGCCGACCUGACCCGCCGCCUGAAGGGCGACCUGCCUGAGGGCUGGGAGAAGAAGCUGCCCGUCUACACCCCGACGGACGCCGCCGUUGCCUCGCGCAAGCUGUCCGAGGUUGUCCUCAGCAAGAUCGAGGAGAUCAUCCCCGAGCUCAUCGGUGGGUCGGCCGAUCUGACGAGCUCCAACUUGACCCGCUGGAAGGGCGCGGUUGACUUCCAGCCCCCCUCGACUGGCCUUGGUGACUACUCUGGUCGCUACAUCCGCUACGGUGUCCGUGAGCACGGCAUGGGUGCCAUCAUGAACGGCCUGGCUGCCUACGGCACCCAGAUCCCCUACGGCGGUACUUUCCUGAACUUCGUCUCGUACGGUGCUGGCGCCGUGCGCCUGUCGGCCCUAUCGCGGGUCCGCGUCAUCUGGGUCGCCACCCACGACUCCAUUGGUCUGGGUGAGGACGGCCCGACCCACCAGCCGAUCGAGACUCUGGCUCACUUCCGCGCCCUGCCCAACUGCAUGGUGUGGCGCCCGGCCGACGGCAACGAGACGAGCGCUGCCUACUACGUCGCUCUGACCUCCAAGCACACCCCCAGCAUCAUGGCCCUGUCUCGCCAGAACCUGCCCCAGCUGGAGAACUCGACCAUCGAGCACGCCAUCAAGGGCGGCUACGUUGUCCACGAGGACAAGAGCGCCAACAUCACCCUGGUCUCGACCGGUUCCGAGGUCGGCAUCUGCGUUGAGGCCGUCAAGUACCUGGCCGAGAACCACAACGUCAAGGCCCGCGUUGUCUCCCUGCCCUGCUUCGAGGUCUUCGAUGCCCAGCCCAAGGAGUACCGCCUGAGCGUCCUGCCCGACGGCAUCCCGUCGCUGUCCGUCGAGGUCAUGAGCACCAUGGGCUGGGAGCGCUACACUCACGAGCAGUUCGGCCUGAACCGCUUCGGUGCCUCUGGCCCGUACAAGGAUGUCUACAAGAAAUUCGAGUUCACCCCGGAGGGCAUCUCCAAGCGUGCCGUCGCCACCAUCGACUACUGGAAGGACGUCCCCAACAUCCGCUCGCCCAUCAACCGCGCCUUCCAGCAGCUCAUCUAA